GUUUUUACCGCGCGCGUCUCCGCCGCGCUGCCCCAGGCGUUCCAGCGGCUCAGGGGCUCCGCGCGACGGCGGGGUGCGGCGGUGCCAGCGCGGGGCGGCUCCCGAGCAGGACCAGACCUCCCGCCCUCCGAGGCGAUGCCGCGUAGGCCGCCGACCGUCCGCUCGGGGAACAAGCCUUCUCCCGCGCUCGCCAUGGAGCCGGCUGACGACGGGCCCUGGGCCUACAGCCGCGCGGCGCUCGCCCGCCUGGAGAGGCUGCUGCGCUGCUCCCGCUGCGCUAAUAUUCUGAAGGAACCCGUGUGCUUAGGAGGAUGUGAGCACAUUUUCUGUAGUGUUUGUAUAAGUGACUGUGUUGGAUCAGGAUGUCCAGUAUGUUACACCCCAGCCUGGAUCCUAGACCUCAGGAUAAACAGACAAUUGGACAGCAUGAUCCAGCUUUAUAGUAAGCUUCGAAAUUUGCUACAUGAUGAUAAACGUUCAGAUCCCAAAGACAACACAUCUAGGGCAGAUUUAUUUGGUAAUGCAGAAAGGAAGAAGAAUUCAAUUAAAAUGUGGUUCAGUCCUCGAAGGAAGAAGGUUAGGUACGUGGUGAGUAAAGAGUCAAUGACAACUCAGCCUGGAAAGGCAGAGGGUGGCAGAACCCAAGGAGCCUCCAUAUAUGAUUUUUUCUCUACAAGUCCCCCUGAAGUUGUUUCUAAGAGGGCCAAAGCAGCUUCUAGAACAUUUGCAAAAAAGCAGCAGAAGAAAUCUUCAGCUGAGAUUAACCAGGAGGGGAAUUUAAGGCCAGAAACAGACGAUAGUCAGUUUGAUUCCAAAGAGGAACUGAAGGAGAAGGUUGUCUCCUGUAGCCGAACACCAGUUGUGGAAAGUCCACAGGUACAUCGUGAAAUAGACUUAUUAGCCAGUGGUUCUGCUGCAGAGUCUGAAUGUUCGGGAGGAUUGACUCAAGUCUCCUUACCAUUGGCUGAGCAUAUCGUGUCUCCAGACACUGUAAGCAAUGAAGAGACGCCUGAGAAGAAGGUCUGUGUAAAAGAUCUUCGUUCAAGAGAGCAUUAUGAAAAUCACAAAGGCUGCAGCAGGCCUCCCAGUACUGUUUCUAAGAAUUGUGGGAGCAACGUUCUGAGUCCCAGUGGAGAUGUCAUUAAACCAGCAGUGCUUGCAGAAAAUAUGCUGUUGGUUGACUGUUCUUCGGCGCCUUCAGACCAAUUUCAAGUUGAUGUCACACUCAGGAGACACAGUAACGUAUCAGAUGACUCCCUCAGCCUUUCACCGGGUGUACCCCCACCUCUGCUGAAUAAUUCAACUCACAGACAAAUGAUGCCAAGCCCCUCCACAGUGAAGCUGUCACCCAGUAUUAUGGCCGGGAAGAGAAAUCACAGAGGAGAGACUUUGCUUCAUAUUGCUUCUAUUAAGGGUGAUAUACCUUCUGUUGAAUACCUCUUGCAAAAUGGAAAUGACCCAAAUGUUAAAGACCAUGCUGGAUGGACACCAUUGCAUGAAGCCUGCAGUCAUGGUCACCUGAAGAUAGUGGAAUUGCUGCUCCAGCAUAAUGCUUUGGUGAACACCACAGGUUAUCAAAAUGACACCCCACUCCACGAUGCGGCCAAGAAUGGGCACAUAGAUAUAGUCAAGGUGUUAUUGUCCUGUGGUGCCUCCAAGAAUGCUGUUAACAUAUUUGGUGAACGGCCCGUGGAUUAUACAGACGAUGAAAAUAUAAAAUCAUUAUUGCUGCCACCAGAGAAGAAUGAAUCAUUCUCUACUAGCCAGUGCUCAGUCGUGACUGCUGGACAGCGAAGGAAUGGGCCAUUGGUGCUGAUAGGCAGUGGACUUUCUUCACAGCAGCAGAAAAUGCUCAGCAAACUCGAGACAGUUCUUAAGGCUAAAAAAUGUGCUGAGUUUGACAGUACAGUAACUCAUGUCAUUGUUCCUGAUGACGAAGCUCAAAGUACUUUGAAGUGUAUGCUUGGGAUUCUCAAUGGAUGCUGGAUUCUGACGUUUGAAUGGGUGAAGGCUUGUCUGCACAGUAAACUACGUGAACAGGAGGAAAAGUACGAAGUUCCUGGAGGUCCACAGAGGAGCAGGCUCAACAGAGAGCAGCUGUUGCCAAAGCUGUUUGAUGGAUGCUACUUCUUUUUGGGGGGAAACUUCAAGCAUCAUCCAAAAGGCGACCUCCUUAAGCUCAUUGCUGCAGCAGGAGGGAAGGUGCUCAGUAGAAAGCCCAAGCCAGACAGUGAUGUGACACAGACCAUCAACACAGUGGCAUACCAUGCCAACCCUGAUUCUGACCAGCGCUUCUGCACACAGUACAUCGUCUAUGAAGAUUUGUUUAAUUGUCGCCCAGAAAGGGUUCGGCAGGGCAAAGUCUGGAUGGCUCCUUCCACCUGGCUUAUCAGCUGUGUAAUGGCCUUUGAAUUGCUUCCUCUUGACAGCUGAGUGUCAUAUUGUGAACAUUUUAAGUUGAACGUGCAUGGUUUAUGGGAACCCAGCAAUUGUCAUGUGUUUGAUCAUUCAUGUUUUUAUCAAUAGGUAGAGCCAUUUAUAUCUCCCCCCUUAUAAUUACAAAAUAAAACACCUGAAGCUAGGUUAGGAAUUCAUUUAGAUGCCAGUAUUGCUUUUAAGAUUCUUUUGUUCUCUUGAGGUUGUAGCUAUAACUCAGUGGUAGAGUCUUCAUGGACCAUGCAUGAGGCAUGAGGUUCCAGCCUGGGAACUGCAAGGAAGUUUUCAUUUUACAACUGGCCUGUGAUUUUUGAUUGAUCAUGUCUUUCAGUUUUAUCAGUAUGUAUCCCAGAUUAAUAAGUGAGAUGGCAUCAGAACUACUUGUUAAUAUAUAAGUGGUCUAUUUAGCAUCUUUUAGUAAACAGUAUCAUCAGAUGAUCAAUUCUGCCUCAGUUACAAUGACAAUAGAGCAUCUAUCAAAGUGUGCCACUAUAAAGUUCUAUUUCUUUUUCUUACACUAUCUUUUAGUUUCUUAUAUUUUCUUGGCCUUCAUUCAUGUUUAUUCAGUUUUAAAAUCUGUGUGUGCAUUAAAAAAUCAUGAUUUGAACCAUUGGAUGUUAGUGACAAAAUCAUCAGUAUACUUGUGUGUGUGUAUGUUUAUUGUGCAAUAUGCUCUCUGUCUACUGUGCAUAUGUACAAACCUCUAUUUUCUGUAACUUAUUUUAUUAGUGUUACUAAUCUUGCCAGUUUAGAAAACUAUCAAACAUCAAUUUACUAGAUUAGAAGCAAUCUGUUUAUAGUAAAUCUUUCUGGGCAUUACUAAAGUAAGCCUCUAUCAAGAUUAAUCCCUUCCACCUUCCUUUUUUUUUUCUUCUUUUCCUCCCUUUCUCCUUUCCUUUUAUUUAUGAUACUGGGUAUGGAAGUCUUGUGCAUGCUAGGUAGUUACCUACCACAGAACUAUAUCCUCAGCCCAGGUUUAAUCUCCUCUCUCUCUCUCUCUCUCUCUCUCUCUCUUUCCUACACUCCCAAUUUUAUUUUUAUUUUUAGACUGUUUUAUUGAGUUAUCCAGGAUGGUCUUGAACUCACUCAGUUUUAAUUUCUUUAUAAAGUUUUUGGGUUAAUGAGUAGGCAAAAGUUGGAGAUGGAUUGAUUCAUAAUAUUUUUACCAUAUCCUGCACACAGGCCAUCACAGUACAUAUAGGGAAGUAUGAGUGAGAAGAACCUCUUCUCACUAUGGAAACAACCAAGGCAGAGUAGUAGAAGAGCACUGUGUGGCAUGCGCACACUGUCUGCUCAGCCUGUCUAUCCGCAUGUAUGUCCUCACUGUGAAUGGACAGGAUCUAUAUUCAGCUUCACCAAGUAGGAUUAAAAUAUUGUGGAGAUAGUGUCCCCAUAGGGUGUCUUUUCAAUAUGCCAAGGGGGCUGCUUCAGGGAGGUGAGAGCUGAGUACAUGGAGGAGACAUCUUUGGCCUCUUUGCUGAAUUUGGAGUUAAAGUCUCAUAUCUGAGCCACCCAUUCCCACUCAGUGCCUAGAGAUGACUCAUUAAAUGUUGCCUACAAAGACUUCUGCUGCCCUGUUGUUUGCUGUUGUAGCUGCUCAUCCUGUUUCAAAUGCCAUUCUUCUAGCUCCUUUAUUGCCUUUUCUUUCCACACUGCUUCUUGCUUCCGAGAAUUGGCUCAAGGGCUUCCAAGCGCUCCAUUUGUUCUUCUCUCCAUUUACGGAUACUUUCAGUUUCUGAUGGCAGUGGAUCCACUUCUGAAAUAGCUACACAGCUGUCUGUCAGACCAUUACUCUCCAGGUCGUAUUCACCUUCGUGACUCUAGCAACAGCAUCUAGAGUUGGUGUAUGUUGAGUUUAUUACCUUACCUUGUACUUCCUUCUGUACAAAUACUUAAAUUUUUUUUCCUUAAUAUAUUUAAACUUAACUCAUUUCACAUAAAUCAUUAAAAUUAUUUGUGCAUGUAUUGUGUCUUCUGUAAAAAUGUCUUACUUACAUAUUGAAGAAUGAGACUCAACAUGACUCCUGAAGAAGUCUUCCAGCUGUGGUUUUUGUGUGGUUUUGUAAAGCACAAGGUGCCUAUAUUAGUUACUUUUCUCAUUGCUCUUCUCCCACAUAACAACUUGUGAGAGAAGAUUAUUCUGCCUUUUGGUUCUGGGUACUGUCCAUCCUGGUGAGGAAAUCUAGGCAGCAAGGAUUUUAACCAGCUGGCACAUCCAUUGGUAGGAAGCAGAAACAGCAACGUGACUGCUGGUGCUCAAUGCGUUCUCUCUCUGU